GAUAAGAAAAAGCGAGAGCCGAGAGAAGAAGAGAGAAAGAGAGAGAGUGAGAGAGAGAUGGAGAAGUACUUUGGAAAUGCAUACAGAGGAGACCCGGGAGUUCCACACGCCGACGCAGACCGAUUCGUGAACAUAUGGAUCGGGUCGGCUGCUUUCUCCGUCCUCACCUUUUUCAAUCCUUACAUGUGGCAGCUCUCCAAUCAAAUGAAUUGGCAUGACAAAGCAAUGUUAUUCGAGCAGUAUCACUGGAAGAAGGCCAUGAAGAAAGGGCAGCCAUAUAAAUUCAAGUGGAACCAGUACAUGGACAAGGACCUCCGAGACUCCUACUAUUUCAACUGGCCUGUUUAUUUCCCUUAAGUGUUCAGUUUGCAUAGGCAUGCUUAUGCUUUACUCUACCGUUUGGUUAUGAAUUUUUUUAGAUCAAUGCAACUCGUUAUAGCCUUUAAUUUCUGAAAUCUAUAAAAAAACACAACUCUGAUAUCCUGAAACUAAGAAAAUUUUUAAUAUUAUCACUAUCUUGCUCUU